AUGGACUCCCGCAAGAGCCCGAAAGCUCAAAUGAAUAAAAUUACGAUUCCGGCUCUCGGUCACAUCUACGGCAAAGCUAUCCUCGAUACCUGGCAAUCCAGUGGCAUGCUGCAGAAGAUGAUGCCGGGUAUCUAUCGCCCCGAGGUCUUCCGCGCAACGCACUCGCGUUCAAACUCCAUGACCUGUGUACCCGCCAAGGAGACGCAUUCAGCUGCCGAACGUGACACGGAGACGCCAACUCUGCGACACUUGUGCCUGUCUGUAGAAAGCGAGCCAGAUAGGCGCAGAGCAAGUCAAUACUUCUCCCCACCCGCCCAUCCAAAACAGUGCUCCUUUGCGUCGCUUGUACUGGUUUAA